AUGCUGGAGCCGCCGGCAAACGGUUCGGGAACCUCGGGGUCCCCGACCCCCUCGGAACAACAAUACUCCUUAAGAUGGAACGAUUUUCACAGUUCGAUUCUGUCAUCUUUCCGAAGACUGAGAGACGAAGAAGACUUCGUUGAUGUGACGUGCUGCGAAGGGUGCUCGUUUACUGCCCACAAAGUGGUGCUGAGCGCGUGCAGUCCCUACUUCAGGAGGUUGCUGAAGGCCAACCCUUGCGAACAUCCGAUAGUGAUAUUGAGGGAUGUCCGGGGGGAGGAUAUGGAAAGCCUGCUCAGGUUCAUGUAUCACGGUGAAGUGCACAUCGGCCAUGAACAACUACCUGAUUUCCUCAAAACCGCACAACUUCUACAAGUCCGUGGCCUGGCGGACGUACCCUCUGCUGGUAUGCCCGGCAGUUUAGCCAACAUGGUGCCCACCAUGGGUGGAACAUCUUUGCCCAUCACGCCGAUAACUGAAUUAAAGACGUCACCGCAAUCCGCAAGUGCUCCAAUGCCAUGGGAAUUAAAAAAAGAAGAAAGGCCAGAAAGAAAUGAAUCUAGAGAUGACAGGGACCGAGAAUCAUCAUUAUCCGCCAAUAAACCACAAAGGCCUCCCCCGCCAACUUCAGCAUCAUCUACCAGCUCGCAAAGAGUUCACCAAAGCAGGUCUUUAGGAACUCCUCCACCUGGCAAAAGAGCAAGAAGUUCGGAUCUGUACCGUGCCCAAAUGAGAGCCGCUGGUCUUAGUCCUGAUAGAGUAGUCCGAAGGCUGGUGGAAAAUGGAUUGGAUAUGCGCGAAAGCUUAUUAGGACAGGUGCUGGAAGGCGGACCGACGUUGCAUGUAAAUAAUCAGAAUAAAUCGGCACGAUCGGAAUCUUCUCUUCAACAUCAAGGAAGCACAGGUGAGGACAGUAACAGCAGCGAUACUGAAGAACCCAAUGAUAUGGCAAGAGAUGAUCGGGACGAAAGAGAUUAUGAGUCGAGGUUACAAUCCAAUGGUGCUGCCUUAUUAGGAGAUGCUGCUCGGGGUGGUUCCGGAUCUUUUCCUGGAGCGUUGCUGGGACUACAAGGACUUUUACCUGGACCUUCUGGUUUACAUGGAGCUGGUGAUAAUUUCGACGCAAAUGCAGUUUUCAAAACACCCAGCGGGAGGGGGUCCCAACUUCAGGGGGGAUCGAGAUCUCAGCAAUCGGGAUCUGGGUCUCAACAGCAACAACAACAACGUCUUUCCCUGGUGUGCCCGUUAUGUAAUGCUCCGUUAGCAUCUCUGAUAGCGGCAGUAGUCACAUCUCGAAAGGCAUUAUCGCGGGAUUCGCCCGUCUGCCCGGUAUCGUCCUGUUCAAGGCAUUUCGCCCAUCCGAACAGCGUGCGGAAUCAUAUGCAUAUUUUACGUGUAAGAGCUACCGAUCCUAGGCCAUGUCCCAAAUGCGGAAAAAUAUACCGAUCAGCCCACACCCUGCGCACACAUCUCGAAGACAAACAUACAGUCUGUCCAGGUUACCGUUGUGUUCUUUGCGGAACAGUUGCCAAAAGUCGCAAUUCUUUGCACUCGCACAUGUCCAGACAACAUCGAGGAAUAUCUACUAAGGAUUUACCCGUUUUACCGAUGCCUAGCCCGUUUGACCCAGAACUUGCAAGCAGGUUACUAGCUAAAGCCGGCGUGAAGAUUUCUGCUGCCGAAUUACGAGCAAGGGCAUCUCCUACUGGGCCUAGAAGAAGUGACGUCAAAUUAGAAAUUCGCGGCCAAGAUUCGGACGCUGGUGGAUCCAUGUGCGGAGACAACGAUCCGGAAGAUCUGACCGUAGUCAAUCCAGGAAUGACGCCGCAUCGGUAUAUGCACGACGUGAUGACUUCAUCACCGGGCGGCUUCAACCAUCAUCCAAACAACACGACUAUCACAAAAGUCAACAUGGCUCGGGGUCCUCAUUCUGGAUUAACGCCCAAAACUAUGGACGGGAUGUACAAAGAUCCUUACAGCUCACAUCCUGGGCCACCAGGAGCAACAGCUACAGGAUCAGCCAUCCUGGAUACAUAUCUGCAAUUCAUAACAGAAAAUUCUUUCGGAAUGGGUAUGACUCAAGAACAAGCUGCAGCAGCAAUGCAUGCUGCUAAAAUGGCCCAACUAAGUGCAAUGGGACUGGACAAACUUCCUCAUAAUUCCCCAUAUGAUUAUAAAGCAGAAUUUGAACAUAAGUUCAUUUUCUCCCGUGAGACUAAAACUGUGACAAAAACUUUAAUUUUAGCCCAAAACUGUGAUGUGAUGGUCGUCAAAAUCGAGCCCGUCUCUUCUUCCAGCGAAAUGCAUAAUUCUCCAAGGGAUCCCCAAAGAUCGACAGUGAAGCACGUUGGAAAUGACAUAAAUAUAUCCUUGAAUUCAAAUCCAAAUGAUCUGAUCUUGGUGGGAAACAAAUCCCGCGUGGACAUCCAAACCAAUGAAGGAAGUGUUAAAAUAAUUGGUGAUUAUUGUAAAGUACGGAUCCUUUGCAAUUUGGGAAGUGUCCGUUAUGUUGGCAACAAAGGAACUGUGGUAAUUGGAAAUGAUUCGGUUUCCCAUGAUGUUAAAUAUACAGGAAACGGUGGAAAUUUGAAAUAUCGUGAUGGAACUGAUAUGGACAGCAAAAAAUUUACACAAACCUUGGAAGACGAUCGAGGGAAGAAGAAACGUAGCAAAAAAUAUUCUAGAAUUUAUAAUUCUGAUAGUGCUUUGAAUGCUGAUGCCAUUUUAAUUAAUUGUAAUAAGUAUUUAAAUGAUUAUCCAGUUAAUUUUAACUGCAGAUCCACCGAAUGUUUUAUCACGAGCGGAGCAGUUUACACAACUACCCCUUGUAUAUCCGUAGUCAAUGGAAAUGUUACAAUUAAUAAUUAUAAUUCCUGA